GUAAUUCUCUCGGAAGGGUUAUUCUCUCGCUCCAUUCUUAUUUUGGGGGGAGCCAGCGAGACAGCUCCUUUCGGGGCGAGCUGGUAAGGUGGGAGGGGGUGGGGGCUGGCCGAUUUGAUUCUUUCGCGUGUGAGUAGAAGCGGCCGCCGCCGCCGCGGCGGAGACGACAACAACUUGCUCGUUUUCAGGUUGGGUUAACGGCAUGGAGAACAGUCACCCCCCCCACCACCACCACCAGCAGCCCCCGCCGCAGCCCGGCCCUUCGGGCGAGAGGAGGAACCACCAUUGGAGAAGUUACAAGUUGAUGAUUGACCCGGCUCUGAAAAAGGGGCAUCAUAAACUGUACCGCUACGAUGGGCAGCAUUUCAGCCUGGCGAUGUCCAGCAACCGCCCGGUGGAAAUUGUCGAAGAUCCCCGGGUCGUCGGGAUCUGGACCAAGAACAAGGAGCUGGAGCUGUCCGUGCCCAAAUUCAAAAUCGAUGAGUUCUACGUGGGCCCGGUGCCUCCGAAGCAGGUGACAUUUGCCAAGCUGAAUGAUAACAUCCGCGAAAACUUCCUGAGGGACAUGUGCAAGAAGUAUGGGGAGGUGGAGGAGGUGGAGAUUUUGUACAACCCCAAGACCAAGAAGCACCUGGGCAUCGCCAAGGUGGUCUUUGCCACCGUCAGGGGAGCCAAGGAGGCUGUUCAGCACUUGCAUAGCACUUCGGUGAUGGGCAACAUUAUCCACGUGGAGCUGGACACUAAAGGGGAAACCCGAAUGCGGUUCUACGAACUGUUGGUCACAGGCCGAUACACCCCCCAGACGCUCCCAGUGGGGGAGCUGGACGCCGUCUCUCCAAUUGUGAACGAGACCCUGCAGUUGUCAGAUGCCCUGAAACGCCUCAAGGAUGGUGGCCUGUCUGCAGGCUGUGGCUCUGGCUCCUCCUCUGUCACCCCCAAUAGCGGUGGGACACCCUUCUCCCAGGACACUGCUUACUCCAGCUGCCGCCUGGACACACCCAACUCCUAUGGACAGGGCACCCCACUCACACCACGCCUGGGCACCCCCUUCUCGCAGGACUCUAGCUAUUCCAGCCGCCAGCCCACACCCUCCUACCUCUUCAGCCAGGACCCCACAGCAACCUUCAAGGCCCGACGCCACGAGAGCAAGUUCACAGAUGCCUACAGCCGUCGCCUCGAGCAUCAUUAUGUCCAUAAUUCUCCUGUGGUCACUGCAGUGGCUGGGGCUCCGGCCGCCUUCCGGGGCUCCUCGGACCUCCCCUUCGGGCCAGUCAGCAGCAGUGGGGGCAGCAGUGGCCCUCCCUUCAAGGUCCAACCACAGGAUUCAGCCACGUUUGCGCAUACUCCACCGCCUGCCCAGGCAACCUCCGUUCCGUUCAAGUCAGCUUUCUCUCCGUAUCAGACCCUGGCGCCCCCUUUCCCCCCACCCCCUGAGGAGCCCACUGCCACAGCCGCCUUUGGGGCCCGUGACAGUGGGGAGUUCCGGAGGGCACCUGUGCCCCCACCCCUGCCUCCUGCUGAGCCUCUGGCCAAGGAGAAGCCAGGCACGCCACCUGGCCCACCACCCCCUGACACCAACAGCAUGGAGCUGGGAGGCCGGCCGACCUUCGGCUGGAGUCCUGAGCCCUGCGACAGCCCGGGCACACCCACGCUGGAGUCGUCGCCUGCAGGGCCGGAGAAGCCCCAUGACAGUCUAGACUCACGCAUCGAGAUGCUGCUGAAGGAGCAGCGCACCAAGCUGCCCUUCCUGCGGGAACAGGACUCCGACACCGAGCUGCAGAUGGAGGGCAGCCCCAUCUCCUCCUCCUCUUCGCAGCUCUCCCCGCUGGCCCCCUUUGGCACUAACUCCCAGCUGGGCUUUCGCGGCCCCACACCCCCGUCCUCGCGCCCCUCCAGCACCGGCCUGGAGGACAUCAGCCCUACGCCACUGCCCGACUCUGAUGAGGACGACGAGCUUGACCUGGGCCUGGGGCCUCGCCCUCCACCUGAGCCGGGCCCGCCAGACCCCACUGGUCUUCUGGGCCAGACAGCUGAGGUGGCUUUGGACCUGGCAGGAGACAGGACCCCGACCUCAGAGAAGAUGGAUGAGGGCCAGCAGUCCUCGGGCGAGGACAUGGAGAUCUCGGACGAUGAGAUGCCCUUGGCCCCCAUCACCAGCGCUGACUGCCACAAGCCCAUGGUGGUGACCCCAGGCGCAGCGGCUGUGGCAGCCCCUUCUGUGCUGGCCCCAACCCUGCCGCUGCCCCCGCCGCCUGGCUUCCCACCGCUACCCCCACCUCCACCGCCACCUCCGCCGCAGCCCGGCUUCCCUAUGCCCCCACCACUGCCCCCACCACCACCCCCACCACCUCCGGCCCACCCUGCUGUGACAGUGCCCCCACCACCCCUGCCAGCACCACCAGGUGUCCCGCCACCACCUAUCCUGCCACCGUUGCCCCCCUUCCCGCCGGGCCUGUUUCCCGUGAUGCAGGUGGACAUGAGCCACGUGCUGGGCGGCCAGUGGGGCGGCAUGCCCAUGUCCUUCCAGAUGCAAACACAGAUGCUGAGCCGUCUGAUGACAGCCCAGGGUGCUUGUCCCUACCCACCCUUCAUGGCCGCCGCUGCUGCUGCCGCCUCAGCAGGGCUACAGUUUGUCAACCUGCCACCCUACCGGGGUCCCUUCUCCCUGGGCAACACUGGCCCAGGCCGCGGGCAGCACUGGCCACCCCUGCCCAAGUUUGACCCAUCAGUGCCGCCACCAGGCUACGUGCCCCGUCAGGAGGACCCACACAAGGCCACAGUGGAUGGCGUCCUGCUGGUGGUCCUCAAAGAGCUCAAGGCCAUCAUGAAGCGUGACCUGAACCGCAAGAUGGUGGAGGUGGUGGCCUUCCGGGCCUUCGACGAGUGGUGGGACAAGAAGGAGCGGAUGGCCAAGGCUUCACUGACCCCUGUGAAGUCGGGCGAGCACAAGGACGAGGACAGGCCGAAGCCCAAGGACCGAAUCGCCUCGUGCCUGCUGGAGUCAUGGGGCAAGGGCGAAGGCCUGGGCUACGAGGGCCUGGGCCUGGGCAUCGGGCUGCGUGGGGCCAUUCGCCUGCCCUCCUUCAAGGUCAAGAGGAAGGAGCCACCAGACACGGCCUCGUCCGGCGACCAGAAGCGGCUGCGGCCCUCAACCUCCGUGGAUGAGGAAGACGAAGAGUCAGAGCGGGAGCGGGACCGGGACGUGGCGGACGCCCCCUGUGAGCUGGCCAAGCGGGACCCCAAGGGUGUGGGCGUGCGGCGGCGGCCGGCGCGGCCCCUGGAGCUGGACAGUGGUGGAGAGGAGGACGAGAAGGAGUCCUUGUCGGUGUCCUCAUCCUCGUCAGCGUCCUCAUCCUCGGGGUCCUCCACCACUUCACCCUCAUCCUCAGCCUCAGACAAGGAGGAGGAGCGGGAAAGCACAGAGGAGGAAGAGGAGGAGGAGGAAGCCGAGGAGGAGGAGGAGGAAGAAGAAGAGGAGGGAGGCCCCAGGAGCCAAAUCUCCUCCUCUUCAACCUCAUCCACAUCAGAUAAGGAUGACGACGAUGAGGACAGUGAUGACCGGGAUGAGUCUGAGAAUGACGACGAAGACACAGCCCUGUCAGAGGCGAGUGAGAAGGAAGCUGGGGACUCGGACGGAGAGACUGCGAGCCUCGCUACCUCCAAGGCUGAAGCAGCGUCCUCCAGCGAGAGUUCCGAGUCUUCCGAGUUUGAGUCAAGCUCUGAGUCCUCCUCCUCGUCCUCAGAGGAUGAAGAGGAGGUGGCGGCAAGGGAGGAGGAAGAAGAGGAGGAGGAGGAGGAAGUGAUGAUGGCUGAGGAGAGCAUGGCUCCUGCAGGCCCCGAGGACUUUGAGGAGGACGGAGAGGAAGCACCUCUGGCCCCAGCAGCACCUGCCAGGAUCGACUCGCUGGGCACGGAACAGGAGGUGAACAUCGAGGCCGAGGCCCCCCAGGAGCCGGCCCCCAUGCCAGAGGAGCCCCCCUUGCCUGUGGCUGUGGAAGAACCUGGGAGCGGCAAGGAGCCCCCCGAGGAGCCGGGCCUGAACCAGGAGGGGGCCGCGUUGCUGUCUCCAGAACCCCCUGCUGGGGAGGCGGAGCCGCGGCCCCCGUCACCUCCUGAGCGAGCUCCAGAGGACGACCUGGAAGUGGAGCCCGAGCCCCCUAUGAUGCUCCCCUUGCCCCCGCAGCCACCGUUGCCACCCCCCCAGCCCCCCCGGCCCCCCAGCCCACCACCAGAGCCUGAGACUGUGGAGCCCCCUCCCCCAUCCGUCCCUCUGGAACCUCCCACCGAGGACCAGCCCCCACGUACCCCAGGCCUCUGUGGCAGCCUGGCCAAGUCGCAGAGCACAGAGACAGUGCCAGCCACGCCUGGUGGGGAGCCCCCACUGUCAGGGGGCAGUGGCGGCCUGUCACUGAGCUCCCCACAGGUGCCCGGUAGCCCCUUCUCCUACCCAGCCCAGUCCCCUAGCUUGAGCAGCGGGGGCCUCCCACGGACGCCUGGCCGGGACUUCAGCUUCACGCCCACCUUCCCCGAGCCCGGGCCCCUGCUCCUGCCCGUCUGCCCCCUCCCGCCCGGGCGGCGCGAUGAGCGCCCCGGGCCCUUGGCCUCUCCUGUGCUCCUAGACACGGGCCUGCCUCUGCCUCUGCCCCUGCCCCUGCCCCUGCCCCUGGCCUUGCCUGUGCCCGUCCUGCGGGCCCAGACUCGGGCCCCCACCCAGCUGCCACCCCUGCUGCCCGCCACCCUGGCCCCCUGCCCUCCCACCAUCAAGAGGAAGCCGGGCCGGCCCCGGCGCUCCCCGCCGUCUAUGCUCUCCCUGGAUGGGCCCUUGGUCCGGCCACCAGCAGGUGCCACUCAUGGAAGGGAAAUCCUGAUCCUGCCAGGCCAGCCACAGGGCCCCAUCUUCCCCAGCACCCAUGACCCGCGGACCUUGACCCUGGACUUCCGGAACGCAGGGAUCCCAGCGCCCCCACCACCCCUUCCCCCCCAGCCACCGCCGCCUCUGCCUCCACCACCUGUGGAGCCUACCAAGCUGCCCUUCAAGGAGCUAGACAACCAGUGGCCCUCCGAGGCCAUCCCCCCAGGCCCUCGUGGGCACGAUGAGGUCACCGAGGAGUUCAUGGAGCUGGCCAAGGCGCGGGGGCCAUGGCGCCGGCCACCUAAGAAGCGCCAUGAGGACCUGGUGGCAGCUUCCGCCUCGCCCGAGCUCUCGCCACCCCAGCCCUUCUUCCGGCCCCGCUCGGAGUUUGAGGAGAUGACCAUCCUGUAUGACAUCUGGAAUGGUGGCAUCGACGAGGAAGAUAUUCGCUUUCUGUGUGUCACCUAUGAGCGGCUGCUGCAGCAAGACAAUGGCAUGGACUGGCUCAACGACACACUCUGGGUCUACCAUCCCUCUACCAGCCUCUCUUCAGCUAAGAAGAAGAAGCGGGACGAUGGCAUUCGCGAGCACGUGACGGGCUGUGCCCGCAGCGAGGGCUUCUACACCAUCGACAAGAAGGACAAGCUUAGAUACCUCAACAGUAGCCGCGCCAGCACUGACGAGCCCCCUGCAGACACCCAGGGCAUGAGCAUCCCGGCCCAGCCCCACGCGUCCACUCGGGCAGGCUCUGAGCGGCGUUCAGAGCAGCGCCGCCUGCUGUCCUCCUUCACUGGCAGCUGUGACAGCGACUUGCUCAAGUUCAACCAGCUCAAGUUCCGGAAGAAGAAGCUCAAAUUCUGCAAGAGCCACAUUCACGACUGGGGCCUGUUUGCCAUGGAGCCCAUCGCGGCCGAUGAGAUGGUGAUCGAGUAUGUGGGCCAAAACAUCCGCCAGGUGAUUGCGGACAUGCGGGAGAAACGCUAUGAGGACGAGGGCAUUGGUAGCAGCUACAUGUUCCGGGUGGACCACGACACCAUCAUCGAUGCCACCAAGUGCGGCAACUUCGCUCGCUUCAUUAACCACAGCUGCAAUCCCAACUGCUAUGCCAAGGUGAUCACAGUGGAGUCGCAGAAGAAGAUUGUCAUCUACUCGAAGCAGCACAUCAACGUCAACGAGGAGAUCACCUAUGACUACAAGUUCCCCAUUGAGGACGUCAAAAUCCCCUGCCUCUGCGGCUCUGAGAACUGCCGGGGGACCCUCAACUAGGCCCUGGUGCCAAAAUCGAAGGAUGUCAGCUGCCGCCUGGGACUCCGGAGCGGAGACCCCACGGCCCGGGGCCCGGCCCCGCCUCCCACCCCCAUUUCAGGUGCUGUCCUCUGCCCAGCGGCCAUGUCAGGGCCUGGCGCCCCCAACACUACCCCCAGGACCCCGCGGCUCCAGCCCCCCAGCGGGAAAGGGCUUCUCUGUCGUCCAGCCCAUGUCUCUUUCGUUUUUUUAAAAAAUGCUCCUUUCAGGAUUUUUGUUUAACUCCAACGUAAACUCUUCUCUGUGUAUCUCUCCGGCUCUGUCUCCCCACCUCUCCCCACCUCUCCCCACCUCUCCCCACCUCUCCCCACCUCUCCCUUCAUCUCUCCCUGUCUUUUCUCUCCUCAGCCUCUUCCCGUGAAUGCUGCUACAUUGUUUUGUCCUCUCUUUAUUUUCUUCCUCAUCAUAGAAAAGACGUUUUAACCAUUGAAAUGUGAAGGCAAAGUCAGAGAGAGGGGACCCCGCUGGGGGCUGCAGAGGCCUCGGUUUGACUGGUGUCGGCCCGUGUUCUGGAACCUUCCUGGCCCGGGCACUGGGCCGGGUGCUGCAGGGAGGAGGUGGGGGCCAGGCCAAACGGCCUUGACCUCGGAACACUACGUACCUGGAAGGCCCCCUCUCUGUCCGUGGACACAGUGAGGAGACCCCACACCUUCCCCCACCUGUCCCUUCCCUGGCAGCCUGGGGGCGCCAUUUACCCGGGCAGACCCUGGCGGAGCCGAGCUGGGCCCAGGCAGGAAUUUCCUCUCCGGGCUGUCUCUGCCACCCCACACCCCUCCACCCCCAAACCUUGGGUUCAAUGUUUACUUUCUCAUUCGGAUGCCAGCAACGAGGGAGCCUCCCGGAGGCCCCAGUGCGGGCAGGGGGCGCUGGGAAGGGUCGCCCCUCCUCUCUUCUGCCCUUGCCUUCACCCUGGGCGUGAGGGGGGCUCCCAGGGCAGGCGGGUCCCCCAGUCCCGCCAUUACGGGUUGUCUGACCGUCUGCAUGUGGCAUUUGUUGUUUAUAAGCUUCACCCACUCACCCCGGCCCACACCCCACCGCCCCCUGCCAGCGGCCCCUCACCCCAGGAAGGCCAGAGCAUAUUUAUUUUCAGAGCAAGCAGGCUAUUUCUCCCAGAGAAAGGAAAAUCUUGGAAAAGAUUUUAAAACUCAGAUCUAAGUCUUUGACAGCUUUUUUUUUUUCUUUUAACCCUUUUUACCAACUUCCCAUCCUCUUCAGGGUUUAUUUCCGUGGAAUUUUUUUUUUCCUUGUGCUUGUAUAAAAUCAAAACAAAGGGGAAAAUAUAGGUUUUUGGAGACAGAACCAACUUCUGUAUAUAGGCUGCCAUAAAGGACUUUUUCUUGGGAACAUUGUUUCUUGUAGAAACAUGUGGGAAGACUUUUUUGCUCAUUUCUUUGUACUUCCAAAACAAAAAAACAAUAACAAAAAAAAAAAAACGACACACACAAAAGCAAGUCCCCCCCCCCACCCCCGUACCCCAGAAAGCAGAGCAGGCGUGUAAAUAAUUUCUGGAAAGUGACGGUUGUGACCAGGAGUCCUCACCAAGAUGCGAGUGCUCCAGGGGGAUGCAGGCGGCCGGAGCCUCUGGUAUCUCAGCUUGUGUCAAGCUUGUUAUCAUGUAAAUUCUGUACAAAGAAUUGUUAUUUUUCUCUUUUUUGUCGUUGGUGGUUUUGUUGUGUUUUUUUUUUUUUUUUAAUUUCUUCACCCCAGGCCCUCUCUAUUUGAGACUGUGCCUGCCCGGUUUCAAGGUUGAGGAAAUCGGUGGCAUUAAGACACAGAGGGGGUACCUGGGCACAGCAGCGACCUUCUCUUCCGUUUGCGGUUUUCUGCCUAAUUGUGCAACCGAGGAAAUAUUUAUUUUUCACAUGAGAAAAUGUGUAGUUUGUAGGGAUGGCUGAUUUAAGUUACUUGCGCAGCCCCCAAGGGGCUGUCCUUAAUCUGGUCCCCCACCCUCCCCAAUAAAAGUUGGGGAUGUGAGGACACCAGGGGAGUGGCCCAGCCUCACCCUUCCCCUGGCCUCACCUCGCCCAACCACGGUGCCCAGUUUUGACCUUGGCCAGCCUCCACUAAGGGACUGGGCCCGCACUCUCCCCCGGGAACCCCCACCCCACCCCCAGAAUGGUUUGCAUUAAUUCAGAAAUGUGUUGGCUCAUUUUUCUUUAAACUCUUAAAUUUUCAUUGAACAGAUCUCUGCUUUUGAAGAGUCUGGGGCCUCUGCUACUUUUUGUUUCCUUUUCUCUCCCUCCCUUCCCCCUACAAAGAAGAGAACCAAUAAGUUUUAGGGAUGUUUGUGCGUAUAGACUCUGUCAUCCGUACGUAACUUGUUUUGAAGAGAAGUGUUUCCGUUGCGAGUGUGUCUUGCUGUAAAUAUUUGUUCAUAUUUUUGUGAAUUCAAUACUAUGUACCAUUGUAUUAUAGUAACUUUUAUAAAGCAAACCAUAAA